AUGUGCAUCCUAAUGGAAGAUUCCUGCAUGUCCGAUGGCAUCGAUGUGGACAAAGGCUUUGCCAUUGCCUUCAUUGUCCUUGUGUUUGUGUUCCUAAUAGUGAUGGUUUUUCGGUGUGUAAAAUUGGUAAACAAUCCCUAUGAGAUCAGCUCUACAACUGCAGACCUGCCUCUGAAUUGA